GCUUAGUCGCCCCCGAUUUGCAGGGAACAUAUGCGUAGUGCAACAAACACUUUUCGAAAGGAAUAGGCGCGUGAAGCCCCGGAGCUGUUCCGGAGCUCCUCCUAGGUGUGAAAGGAAUACAACUAUUGGGGCUUCAACCGUAAAAUGAAGGAUAUCGAUUUUGUCAAACAACCUAACUUCUCUGUAUAUAUUAUUUAAUUUUUUCAUUCAAAAAACAAACAUGAGCCUUGAAACAGACCGCUCUUAAAAUAAUUUUCCCACCGCCAAGAAGCACGUUCUUGAACGCAGCUCCCUCAAUCACAUGUUAAGAUUUUAAGAUUUCUACAUAACCCAAUUUUUUUUAAAAUAAAAUUUGGAUUCUCUACAUUUUCAGGAUUUGAAAAAAAAAAUCCGUUUUUUGUUUUUUUUUUACAAUUCAUUUUUUGUUAUAAAUUGUUUAAAACAACGUUUCCUAAAUCCACGUGUUGCCGCGUGUAGGUUUCUGUUAAAUUUAAAUAUUAACUGGGAUGGAGGUUGUGGCGGAAGUGGUUUCGGUUUCAUGUUCUGAAAAAGUCGAAACAUCUUUGCCUAGAUUGGGCAAAUGCGAAGUAUGCGGUUUCCACGAUGCCAAAUACACUUGCCCAAGAUGUGAAGUAAAAACUUGUUCCCUGAAAUGCAAUAAGAUCCACAAACUUGAAGUUGAAUGUAAUGGAAGUAGAGAUAAAACCAAAUUCUUACCACUAAAUAAAUUUUCAAAUAUGGAUUUUGAGAGUGACUAUAAAUUGUUGGAAAAUAUUUCCGAGAGCAUGGACAUCAUUAAAAAAAAAUUUGGAAGGAGACAUAUGGAACCUAAUCAGAUUUCAGCACAUCUUUUCAAACUUCGUAAUGCAGCUCAACAAAGACAAACAAAACUCAAAUUUCUACCAUAUAAGUUUGUACGGCACAGGAACAAUACCACUCAAUUUCAUUAUAAAACCAACUGUAUAAUGUGGCACAUAGAAUGGAUAUUUGUGAAUGCAGAUAAUUUACGUCUUAGUGAUGCAAGAGUACCCGAAACUGAAAAACUUGGUACAGUGGUUAGUAAAUAUUUAUUAAAACAAGAAGAUUCUGUUUUGCAAGAAAAAUUACAAUAUUAUCAGGCAGCUGAUAUAUCUGGGUUAAAGUUAUAUUUGAAAGCUGAACAGAAAAGCGGCAAGAAGUUUUACGAGUUAGAUUAUACUUUGAGUUUAAAGGAGAAUUUGGCUAAAAAGCUCAUUAUUGAAUAUCCUACUAUUCAUGUGAUGCUUAAAGAUCAUGGAAACGGAUAUGCUGUUAUUGAUUCAGAUGAAGAAGACGCAAAUAAUUUGACUGAAGAUUACAAGACUGGUAAUGAAGUGAUAGAAAAUCUGAUCAAGAGAGCUGAAAGUGAUGAAAGCUUGUACAAAUCGCUGAAAAAUUUACUUUUUAUCUCUGAAUAUUCAGAUGAAGAACAUCCUGAAUAAUUUUUUUUGCCUUAAAGAGAAAAGAAACCUACACUGAGGAAAAAGAAAAAAAUAAUUUAAUUUGGGAGCAACGGGUCAAAUGGUGAAAGAGUAGAGUUAUCUUUUUUUUAUUUAUUAUAACUUAGUUAUUUUUUGGAGAAUUUUCUUUUAUUUUGUUUUUUGUUAAGUUGUAAAUACACUUUUUGUCAAUCCACAGUUGAUAUUGAGUUUGUAUAUGUAUCCCCUUUUUUGAUCUCUGUAAAAAAGUGGGUGUGAAUUAAUAAAAGGUGUGCAUAUUUUGCUGAACAAACAUAUCUAUUAGAGUGCUUUAUUUUUACUGUACAAUAACAAAAUAUCCAAUUACUAUCCAACUAAUAAUUAUUAAAAAAGUAGGUACCCUAAAUCAUUAUCACAUUGUACAAAAAUUUAUAGAAAGCUAAAGGACUGCCCCAUUAUACAUAAAUUAUAUUUAUUAUUCAAUGUAUCAUUAACUUUUUUCUGGAAAUAUUGUUUCAUCAAGCCCAUGGAAUAUGAAAAAAGUGUGAUUUAAAAUUGGCAAACCCCAAGCUUUAUAAAUUCAAGCCAUGUGUCAUUUCCAUGUUCCAAAUAUUUAUUUACAUUUUGGCUCCUAUACAUAAUAUAAAUACAAUACAACACACUAUCUAUAAUACCCAAAAGUAAAGAAAAACCACCAAAACCACUAUUCCACCAAUAGCGGCUUUUACAUACAUUGAUUUAGUAUUUAGGUAGGUUGCAUCCUUUUUGUAUUUUUGAGUUAACAUCGAGAGAUUUUGCGUUUUUGUGUCCA